AUGAACGACAAAAUUGCGGGAAAAAUCUUACCUCAAGCUGAAUCACCAGGAGUAGCUGCGGCUAAAGAACAUUCUGAGAUGCUCGGUAGAAAGAUUGCAGUUAAAUGGGUUGCCCCUCAUUCAAAUGGCGAGGGUCCUGAGGUAUGGCUUAGGGAUUAUGCUGGCUUUGAUAGGGUGUUUUUUGGUGGGGAUAGUGCUGGUGGCAAUUUAGCACAUAACAUGGCAUCAAGGGUUUGGCGGGAGAUACUAGAUGACUUCAAUCUUGAUGUGAUUUUUCUCAAUUGUCCUUAUUUUUGGGGGAAAGAUCUAAUCAGUAUUGAGUUAAUGAAAUUACAGGCGAAGGCCUAUGUUAAGGGCAUUUGGCAUUAUGUUCACCCAAAAUUUACGGGGGUUGAUGAUCCAUUGUUGAAUCCUCUGAUGGAACCAAACCUUUCAAGUUAG